UAAGAAAGAACUGACGUCACAGUCGUCAAACGUUUCCGAAAAUAUAUAAACAUGUAGGAAUAUGCGACAGUAUUUUUACCGACAGGAAAUAAAAAAAUGGAUCUGGUGGAUUACGAUUUCAUUACAGAGUUAAAUGAACUAAGGCGGAGCAAGGUCUUUUGUGAUGCGGUUAUAACUAUUCCAGAAGAAAUAAAUAUCCGAUUUCCAAUUCACAGAGUAGUUCUGGCAAGUUGCAGUCAAUAUUUUCGUUCUCUGUUCAAAUACGGUAAUGAUGAAACGAACAAAGAAAUUAGUAUUUCAGGUGUGUCUUCUAAAACGAUGAAGCAAAUUAUAGAAUACGGAUAUUUACGGACAGCUGACAUAAAUGAAGAUAAUUUUGAAGACUUAUUUGCCGCCGCCGACAGAUUUCACAUUUUUGGACUUUUGAAAGAAUGUACCGAGUUCUUGUUGCAACAAUUGUGUGUAGAAAACUGUUUAGGAAUUUUAAAAUUUGCCAGAUUUUACAGUUGUCAAGUUCUGAAAAUGAAAGCUUUGAAGUAUGUAUUGUCUUAUCUAGGUGAAAUUGUGAAAAAUAGCCAAGAAUUUGUAGUCAUGGACAUAUUUGAAUUAAAAGAUAUACUUGAGGAUGAUGAACUAUUAGUUAAAGAUGAAAGUGAAGUAUAUUUGGCCAUUCAGAGAUGGGUCGACUUUAGUUAUGUGUCAAGGAGGAACCAGUAUGAAACUUUAUUCCAAGCAGUCCGAUUAGCGUUUUGCAAACGGGAAUUCAUUACAAAUGUCAUCGAAAAGAAUAAAACUAUCAGGAAAUCGAAAAAAUCUAUGGCAGCAAUUGAAAAGGCUAAGCAAUUUUUGGACUUGCAAGAUACAACAAAGACCAUUGUAGUUUCGUUAGAUGACCCACUAUUACGGCCAAGAGUACCGUCAAGUGUUAUAUUCACCAUUGGUGGUUGGUCAAGCGAGGGAGUAGUUAACACAGUGGAAACGUAUGACAAAAACGUUGAUCACUGGUACUCUAUUGUUCCACCAAUGAAUUCAAAGCGUUCGUACCAUGGAACCGUUAAUUUGAAUAAUUUAAUAUAUGUGAUUGGAGGAUUUGACAGCCUUAGAUACUUGAACAGUGUUUUGUGCUUUGAUCCAGAUAAAAGAGCAUGGCAAGAGAAAGGACCUAUGCACCUUGCAAGAUGUUAUGUCAGCACAUGCGCAGUAGAUGACUUUAUAUACGCAUGCGGUGGAUUUGACGGACGCCAGAGACAUAAUUCUGUUGAAAGAUAUGAUUACAAACGUAAUCAAUGGUCACUGGUACAACCGAUGUGGCACAACCGAAGUGACGCUGGCACGGCUUGUUACGAGAAUAAACUUUACGUUGUUGGUGGCUUUGAUGGUCUAACAUGUCUCGAUUCUACAGAAGUCUACAACCCACUAACUGACCAGUGGACAUUGUUGGAAAAGAUGAAUAUCCCACGUAGUGGCGUGGCUUUAAUUGCAUUCAAUCACUUUCUGAUAGCCUUAGGUGGAUAUGAUGGUGGCUCGAGGUUGGCAACGGCUGAACAGUAUGAUUUUCGCCGACAAGCUUGGGGGGAUUUUGAAAACAUGCACGUUGGAAGAAGUAAUUUCGCAGCUGCUGUUCUAGACGGUCAGAUUUAUGUGAUUGGUGGAUAUGAUGGUGCCACCACUUCUGAUGCUGUAGAAGUAUAUGACCCGGAUGACAACAUGUGGAGAAGAGUCAAGGGACUUAUUUCUGGAAGAAGUGCAGUCAGUGCAUGUGUAUUGCUCAAUGAAGGAACACUUCGAGACUAUACGUUCUAUGGAGCUCACAGUUUAUCAAGCCCAGACGACAGCUGAGACAAUAUAUAUAUAUAUAUAUAUUAUCCAGGUAUCUAGAUCGAAGUUUGAUAUGGUGCUGUGUUUAAACAGAAAACAAAGCCAGAGAUGUAACUGCGCAUUAAGUGGCACAUGCACUAUGCUGUCGUCAAGUUUUGAAAGUAUUGACAAAUCGAUUAAAAAGAUUUAUUGAAAUUUAAUGAAGGCUUUUUAAAACUAUUUCUGUAAAACCUUGUUGAUAUAUAGAACUUGUUGAUACGUGUGUGAAUUAUAAGGUGUACAUAGUUUUCAAUUAAAGUUGAGAUUGAAAUAAAUUA